AUGCGCGGCAAGACACGAAAGCGCAAAGCAACGACAUUACCCUCCCGGCCAGAGCCCAUUGUUCCGCGACCACGAUCACCGGAACCCAUUGGCACGCGCAAGAAAGAGUACGCCCUGUGGCACAACUCGAGCGCCGUUGCGCAACAUGGCCCUCGGAUCAGCAAGCUCUGGGGCCCCCUGCCAGACUCAGACUCGGAGCCCGUUCAGACCACCCUUCCUCUCCCUGGCGACGUGCCCAAUCCACUAUCGGUCCUCGCGCAGGCGAGCGAGAACGAGUACUAUGCCCCACUUCCUCGCGACCUCACCACAGACGAGGCGCCCCACAUCCUCAGCCUGAUCGACAUUCACGAGGCCGAGGCGCUUUUCGCACUAUACCACCAGCACUUGCACCCCCACCUUCCCGUCCUCGACCUGGAGCACAGUUCGCCCUCCCAAGUUGCGCGGCGGAACAACUUUCUCUUCAACGCAAUCUGCUGUGUUGCCGCGCGCACCUUCAACGUUGUCCUCUGGGAGCGCCUGAAAGACUUUGCCCGCUAUGAGAUGGAGCGGAUACCAAAGGUGCGCAAAGUGGAUGUCGUACAGGGCCAUCUCAUCUAUGCCACCUGGAACCUCGUCAUGUCAUCCAGCUUUGAGCAAGACAUGACAUGGCUGCGUAUUGGACUCGCUACCCGUACUGCACUCGACAUCAACCUCCACCGCGUCGCCACCAUCGUCGAGGCCCAGGACUCACUCCCCGGCUGGCUCCUUCGCAGCAUUGUGCGGACAUGGCUGAUGGUCUACGUAGUGGACGGCACGCUGUCGGCCCAGCUCGGCAAACCGGCCUCCCGCUCCCGCGAGGACUACACGCAGUAUAUUCAGAUCCUGCUCAACAGCCCGUUACGUGACGACACGUACGUCGCGGCGCUUACCGAAUGGACACAACUACUCCUCCGCGCGAUCGAGCUGUUUCGCACAGAGUCAGACCACCUGGUUCCGACACUGACAGCGGAGUUUAGCCGCUGGCGUGAUCGCGUAGAGCUGGCCUCUCCUGCAGACGCAGGAUUGUUUCAGUUAUACACGAACUACGCCCACCUGGUCAUCCAUUCGUACUCGCUCGAUCGCGCCCUAGAUCGCGGAGCUGUGGUGGCUGCGAUAGAGUUUGCCGAGUACCAGGCAUCAGCAGCCCGACUCCUGCACUGCGAAGAAGACCUCGCACAGGGGUGUCCCGACUUUGUCUUCACGGCCAUCACGUAUGGAACCGUAUCGCUUCUUAAGACGCUUGAGCCGCGGCUGUCCAAACUGAACUCGGUCGUCGGCCGCGACACGGUGCUAGCUCUUAGUCGCAGAGCCUCAGAGGUUCUCGGGCGGGCAGCCGUCACACGAGAUCACCUCCCUGCGUCCCAGAGCAGCUUCCUCUCUCGUCUUGUACAGAUACGCUCGCAGCCUCCCGCACUGGACGUUUCCGAGCCGGCCCCCGCAUUCGACCUCUCCGCGUUCAUCACUGCCGAACCACCGUCUCCGGUAUCCGAAUCCCCCACCAAUCUUGCGACGUGGGCAGCAUUGCAGAGUGCAAACUACUCCCUCCCCGGUGCCGCACUCGGCCUCAGCUUGGGCAGUUUUGGCGACUCCAGCCUCUUUUCACAAGAUAGUUUCUGGCAAAGCUUUGUCACAUGA